GUUUGACACUUGAACAGUUCGUCAGAGUCACUGCAUCCGCCCGGCCGCACGUCUCCCAGAUUGUUGUCAUGGAGAGCAGCACACACAUCUCUCAGGAGGAGCUGGAGGAGCUCAGAGACGCCUUCAGUAAAAUCGAUGUGGACAACAACGGCUUCAUCAGUAAAGCGGAGCUGAACGAGCUGUUCCGAGCCGCCAACCUCCCCCUGCCGGGCUACAGGGUCAGAGAGAUCGUCCAGGAACUGACCAAGACCAGCGAGCAGCUCACCUUUGACCAGUUCACCGAGAUAGUCCAUGGUCUGAAGAGUUCUGAAGUGGCCAAAACGUUCCGGAAAGCCAUCAACAAAAAGGAGGGAAUCUGCUCCGUGGCUGGGACGUCGGAGCAGUCGGGAACGCAGCACUCGUACUCAGAGGAGGAGAAGGUGGCUUUUGUGAACUGGAUCAACAAGGCCCUGGAGAAAGAUGGAGACUGUCAACAUGUUUUACCCAUGGACCCGAACGGAGACGACCUCUUCAGCGCGAUGGGCGACGGCAUCGUGCUGUGUAAAAUGAUAAACCUGUCAGUGCCCGACACCAUCGACGAGCGCACCAUCAACAAGAAGAAGCUCACGCCCUUCACCAUCCAGGAGAACCUAAACCUGGCCCUGAACUCGGCGUCCGCCAUCGGGUGCCACGUGGUGAACAUCGGGGCGGAGGACCUGAAGGAGGGCAGGCAGCACCUGGUCCUGGGGCUGCUGUGGCAGGUCAUCAAGAUCGGCCUGUUCGCCGACAUCGAGCUCAGCCGGAACGAAGCUCUCAUCGCUCUGCUGAGGGAUGGGGAGAGUCUGGAGGACCUGAUGAAGUUGUCCCCAGAGGAGCUGCUCCUGCGCUGGGCCAACUACCACCUGCAGGAGGCCGGCUGCCCCAAGAUCAACAACUUCAGCUCCGACAUCAAGGACUCCAGGGCGUACUACAACCUGCUGAACCAGGUGUCUCCGAAGGGGGACGAGGACGGAGUGCCCCCGAUCGCCAUCGACGUGUCCGGGCUCAGGGAGAAGGACGACCUGAAGCGAGCAGAGCUGAUGCUGGACCAGGCCGAUCGUUUGGGCUGCAGACAGUUCGUGAUGCCCCCUGACGUGGUGCGAGGAAACCCCAAACUCAACUUAGCCUUUGUGGCCAAUCUGUUCAACAAGUACCCGGCGCUCAAGAAACCGGAGAACCAGGACAUCGACUGGAGCUCCUUCGAGGGAGAGACGAGGGAGGAGCGCACGUUCAGAAACUGGAUGAACUCACUGGGAGUCAACCCUCGAGUCAACCACCUGUACACAGACAUAGAUGACGCCCUGGUGAUAUUUCAGCUGUAUGAGCAGAUUAAAGUGCCCGUGGACUGGGACAGGGUCAACAAACCCCCCUACACCAAACUCGGCAGCAACAUGAAGAAGCUGGAGAACUGUAACUACGCCGUGGAGCUGGGGAAGAAGGAGGCCAAGUUCUCUCUGGUGGGAAUAGCAGGACAGGACCUGAACGCCGGGAAUCGAACCCUCACCCUCGCACUCCUCUGGCAACUCAUGAGAAGAUACACUCUGAACAUGCUGGAGGACCUGGGUGAUGGACAGAAGGUCACUGACGACACCAUCGUGUCCUGGGUCAAUCAAACUCUGACCCAGGCUGAGAAACCCACCAUCUCCAGCUUCAAGGACCCGUCCAUCAGCAGCAGUAUUCCUGUGUUGGAUCUCAUCGACGCCAUCAGACCGGGGUCGAUCCGAUACGACCUCCUGAAGACGGACGAGCUGAUGGAGGACGAGAAACUCAACAACGCAAAGUAUGCGAUUUCGAUGGCGAGGAAGAUCGGCGCUCGGGUCUACGCUCUGCCCGAGGAUCUGGUGGAGGUCAAACCCAAAAUGGUCAUGACAGUUUUUGCCUGUCUGAUGGCGCGAGGAUUCAAAAACGCAUAAAAAAUGACAAAAAGACGAAAAGAGAGGAGGAAUACGCAACAACCUGGCAACAACAUCGGAGAAUUAGAUACACAAGAACAUACGCGAGCAGACAGGGGGCGCUAGAUAAGGAUUUAGACCUGAUUAAAGACGGGGUAUUUACGUUUGAACUGUAACACAAAACCUUUUAUUGUUUUGAAAAUAGAAUAUUUGCCCAAAACAACAUGUUUCCCUUUAGUUUUUGUCGCUCUGAGUCUCUCCUCUCUUUGCUCUCUGUGCUAAGCCCCUCCCCCUUCAGAGCACUAUCACAAUGAGCUGCAUCCCACUAAUGAAACUACUGCACAUCACACCAGGUUUGUGAAGUCAUAGUGUAGUUUUGUAUCAUGGUUUUGUAUAUUUAUGGACUUGUGGGCGGAGCCUCGUACAGGAUCUUACAACUAACAGAUUUCUCAAACGUCCCUGGGCGACUUUUAAAGUCUUUUAAUAAGAGAACAGCAUUUUAACAUGGGAGAAAGUUGGAUUUUGCGUAAUACCCCCUCUUUAAGUCUGAGUUUGGUCUUUUAUUUCAAAUCAGUGUAACUUCUGCAGCGUUUCUUAGAUAAUAAAAUAUUGAAAAAAAAACAAACCUUUAGUUUUGGGAAGUAAAUGAGGAACUUGAUACAGAUGCAUAAAUAUAUUGAUUUAAAAUCACAUUAAAUUUUCAGAAAUCCUUGUUGGCUCUUGAAUUAUUUUUAUGUUUCAAUAAAAAGGUUUAAAUAGUU